AUGCCCAAUUGGCAGAUCAACAUGAUUAGUACAAUCAGUUGCCGCCCUACCCUUGUUGGGACAUCCAAUCGAUCCAUGAAGAGCUAUGUCUGUGCUGCCUAUUACCCCCAAGUGUUCGGCAUUGAAAAUGCACGACACAACAAGGUGCCAAAGAUCCAAUGGGAAGCCAUCACUUUCUACGAGGAAGAAGAAGAAGAGAUCAUCUUCCCGCAUGACGAUCCCAUGAUCAUUCGAGCCGAGGUUGCCAAUUUCUACGUAGGGCUGCUCAUGAAAUUCCCUACCUUCUACGGAACAGGAGCCAUCAUAGGAGAUUAG